UGGGUUGAGCAGUGGCCCCUAUCUCAGCCUCGAAUGGAUGCCCUCCUAAAGUUAGUCGACCGCGAGUUGCAACAAGAGCAUAUAGAGCCCUCUACUAGCCCAUGGAACACUCCAAUCUUCGUGAUACCUAAGCGGUCAGGUGAAGGAUUUCGUCUCCUUCACGACCUGCGUGAAGUAAAUAAGAAUAUUCAGCCAAUGGGCGCGGUCCAGACACUGUUACCUAUGAGUUCCAUGAUACCCAAAGGACAGCCAUGUGCUACCCUCGACAUCAAGGACUGCUUCUUUUCUAUACCAUUGCAUGAAGCAGACGAAGAAAAAUGUACCUUUUCGCUGGUGUUCCCAAAUAAUCAGCAGCCCAACUUACGUUUUCAGUGGAAAGUACUACCCCAAGGGAUGCUCAAUUCACCCACUAUCUGUCAGAUCGUAAUCGAUCGGGCUUUGGCACCAAUUCGGCAUAAUAACCCGGCCACAACUAUCAUUCAAUACAUGGAUGAUAUCUUGAUAGCUGCACCAUCCAGAGACCAGCUUCCAACAAAGUCAAUAGCUCUGUCAAAACACCUGGCCAUAGCCUUAGCCAGGUUCAACGGAGAGAUCCAGUAUGCCACUAAGCCUCCCUGGACCCAGCUGUUAGCCAUUGUCGACAUCGACCUUCCACAGAAGGAUUGGGUCAUCGGACGCCCUCAGAACCAGUACAGCCCAGUGCCAGAGGAAAACAACACGCCGACCAACACCCUGUCCAACCCUGCAGGCUCGGCGCAGACAAAGGCCAGACAGCAUCGAGACAGCCACCGUGAAAGAAAGCAGCAAUGUCUUUGCGUGAUACUGAUCCUGGCACUUUCCAAGGUGUUCGACAAAUCCUCAGAGUACUGUGUCCAAGUGACAGUAAUCCCCAAGAUCUAUUUCCACCCAGAGAGCUAUGUGUACGAUUCCAUGACUGUCCCAGACCACCACUUGACAAAGUGGGAGCCCAAUAUAGCAUUGACCGUAGCCCUGACGUGGAAGUCAACCGACCCAGUAUGGGUUGAGCAGUGGCCCCUAUCUCAGCCUCGAAUGGAUGCCCUCCUAAAGUUAGUCGACCGCGAGUUGCAACAAGAGCAUAUAGAGCCCUCUACUAGCCCAUGGAACACUCCAAUCUUUGUGAUACAUAAGCAGUCAGGUGAAGGAUUUCGUCUCCUUCACGACCUGCGUGAAGUAAAUAAGAAAAUUCAGCCAAUGGGCGCAGUCCAGACACUGUUACCUAUGAGUUCCAUGACACCCAAAGGACAGCCUUGUGCUACCCUCGACAUCAAGGACUGCUUCUUUUCUAUACCACUGCAUGAAGGAGACAAAGAAAAAUUUACCUUUUCGCUGGUGUUCCCAAAUAAUCAGCAGCCCAACUUACGUUUUCAGUGGAAAGUACUACCCCAAGGGAUGCUCAAUUCACCCACUAUCUGUCAGAUCGUAAUCGAUCGGGCUUUGGAACCAAUUCGGCAUAAUAACCCGGCCACAACUAUCAUUCAAUACAUGGAUGAUAUCCUGAUAGCUGCACCAUCCGGAGAUCAGCUUCCAACAAAGUCAAUAGCUCUGUCAGAACCCCUGGCCAUAGCCUUAGCCGGGUUCAAUGGAGAGAUCCAGUAUGCCACUAAACCUCCCUGGACCCAGUUGUUAACCAUUGUCGACAUCGAUCUUCCACAGAAGGUUAUGGACCGGCCCCAACCGGGACCGACAGUUUUCACAGAUGCAUCCUCUGUGACCUCCACGGCCGCAGUGGUGUGGCAGUCAGAAAAUGAGUGGCAUUGCGAUUGGGUCAUCGGAUGCCCUCAGAACCAGUACAGCCCAGUGCCAGAGGAAGACGACACACCGACCAACACCCCGCCCAACCCUGCGGACUCGGCGCAGACGAAAGCCAGACAGCAUCGAGACAGCCACCGCUUCCUUUAA